AUGGACGUAGACCCAUCAGACGUGGUUGAGGUCAUGCAAACGCUUGGCGCCAUGGAAAAGGUUAUGCCAGCCAAGGGUGGAUGGGAUGACCAGCUCCCUGUCUGCGGUACCUACAGAGUGAGAUUUGAACCCGAGACGAAUGAUGGGUUCGCAUUCCGACCGCAGGCUAUUCCCCGAUGA